AUGCCUGAGACGGUUGCAGUUAUUGGCGCAGGGCUUGUGGGGUGUCUCGCUGCCGUUGCUCUUGCUAAGAGAGGAUAUGAAGUCACUCUUUUUGAUUACCGAUUAGACCCAAGACUCGCGACGACACAGGACAGAAAUUUAAGAUCUAUCAACCUUGCAAUCUCAGCUAGAGGCAUCACGUCUUUAGAAUACGUUGACAAAGGAAUCAGCAAGCGGGUACUGAAAGAUAUCAUUCCAAUGCAAGGCCGCAUGAUUCACAAUCUCAGGGGCCACCAGGAGGCUCAGAACUACGGGCUGUUCGGUGAAUGUAUUAACUCCAUCGAUCGCGGCGUUCUCAACAAUAGUUUGCUUGAUGAGGUUGACAACCUGCAGAACGUUGCACUAAAAUUUGGUCAUAAACUGUCUCAGAUCAAAUUUACCCCCAAUGCAAAGCAGACAUGCGUAUUCACAACGAACGCAGCUUCUGCCGCUAAGGAGUACGCUUUCGACUUUGUGCUCGGGUGCGACGGUGCCUACUCUUCCACGCGUUCCCAGAUGCAGCGUGAGCUCAGAAUGGACUUCUCGCAAGAAUACAUUGACUGUUGCUACAUCGAACUUUACGUGCCGCCAGCUAAAGAGCACAAUCCCAAGUUUAACGGCAAAUUCGCCAUAUCACCCAACCACCUGCACAUCUGGCCGCGUGGCAACUACAUGCUGAUUGCACUCGCCAACGGAGACGGAUCCUUCACCUCAACUUUUUUCGGACCUUGGUCUCUUGUUGAAGGUCUCGACACCCGUUCGAAGAUCCAGGACUUCCUCACUAAUAACUUCCCUGAUGCUGUCGAAAUUAUUGGACUCAAACAGGCUGUGGAUGCUUUUGAGAACCAUCCGCGCGGUGCUUUGAUGUGCGUCGAGUGCAGCCCAUAUCACUUAUCUCAAGGAAGGGCUAUAAUCUUAGGCGAUGCUGCCCACUCCAUGGUUCCGUUCUACGGACAGGGAAUGAACUGUGGGUUCGAAGAUGUGAGAGUAUUGAUGCAGCUGCUCGACAAGCACUCAGGAAACCGCGCUGCUGCCUUUGAGGAAUACAGCUCCAAAAGGCACACUGACCUUGUAUCUAUCAUCAAGCUCGCGAAAAAUAAUUACAAAGAGAUGUCACACGGAGUUAUCUCAAACCUCUAUCUUUUGCGCAAGAAGCUUGAUACCCUACUUGGCAGGGUUUUGAAGGAUAGGUGGCUUCCAUUAUAUACCAUGGUUUCCUUCAGAGCCGAUAUUCCUUAUCACAAGGCAAUCCAGAUUGAACAAAGACAAAAAAAGAUCCUGGCGUACUUGCAGGCCUUCAUACUUGCACUCACCUCGUUGGGAGGCCUAGGCCUUUACAAGGUCUUGAGGAGGGCCCUGAAGAACCGCAAGUGA